AUUUUCUCAAUAAAAAUACACAUACCAAUGAAGUCGUCCAGGAGCGCGGCGCACAAGAAAUCUAAACCGAUGGAUUAUACGAACUAUGCAUAUAAUGAGGCCGUUAGCCGGCUGAAGCUAAUGUUGGCUGAAUCAUAUGCCCCGCCCAGAGGAGGUGGUGCUGGUUCUAUUGCUGGCGGCAAUGGCGCUUCGGGGGCGUAUAUGCGGCACGUAAAUGAGGACUCGACUGAUAACUAUUCGGAUAAUUUGUCGGUCAUCGAACGUCCCGUUUAUUCGGAUAUCUCAAAGUACUUGUCGCCAGCACAAAAGUCACGCAUUAGUCCUGGCGUACGCAGCAAGUCAAAACCUUUCAAUGCUUUCUCAUCAUCCAAGGAAAAUUUGACACUACAAAUGCCCUAUGCGGCCAGCACUACAACAGUAACGGCACCGCUCGAUUAUUACGCGCCCAACAAAACGCAGCAGCCCGUCACUGAUGGUGUCCAUGCACCGGUGGAGAUCUUUAAUUUUAUUGAAAAACAAGAAGACUACAUCGAACAGCUGGAGAAAGAGUCCAAAUACUGCCGCAACGAGUUAACCAAUUUGCUUGGUAAAGUCAAAGACGUCAUCAACGAGAACACGCACCUCACGGAGACCGCACGUUCCGAGUUAGCCGCGCUAGGGGGUGUCGAGAAGACACUACCUACAACGAGUCCUUCUUCCGACAGUGACGAACAACAGCAUUAUAAAAAGAAAUCGUCUACCACGCCACGCAGUAAGAAAGACAUUUCGGCCGCCGUAAAGUCGCCACGUUAUGCUUCAGCGCCAAAUAUUGUCUACGAAGCGCGUAUAAGCGAACUUGAGGCGGAGCUUAUGCAAGCUAAUAUUGAUCUGAAACGUUUGAAGACGGAAAACGAAGAACUCAAACGCAAAUUGGCACACGUUGACCCACUAGUGCUAGCUGGUGCGCAUGCACAUGCGCCAGUGAGCAGCUCGUCUACCACCAACUGUGACACGCACCGCAAACAAAUCGAGCAAUUGCAACAGGAGAAGAAUGCGUUAGAAGAAAGCGUACGCCAACUGCAGAAACUAUUAGACGAUGCAAAGUCACAACAGUACACAAGCGCCUCAUCUAAACGCUACAUAAAUGAUCUUGUCCAAAUGGAGCGUGCUCAAGCCGAGCUGGAGGUGAAGCAUUUGCGUGAAGAGCUCGAUCGGCAGCACGAACGCGUACGCGAACUGCAACAUGAGAUGGCGCGUCGUAUUGCAGAUGAGCGUGCCACUGCCGAGCGACGCUACAACACGCAGGUCGAUCAAUUGGGUGGCGAUCUGAGCAGCCAGUGGGAGCAGGUAGCCAAAUUGCAGUUGGAUUUAGAGCGUGAAAAACGCUAUGCAAAUGAUAUAAAGCGUGAUCUCUCGACUCGCAAUGCACAAAUCGAAGAGUUAAAGAUGGAGUUGCGUUCCAAUCGCAAUACCUUCCUUGCCGAUAUGGCGCAAGUGAAUGCGGAGAAGCAAUCGUUGGAACAAGAGAUCACUGCAUUGCGACUGCAAUUGGAUCGUGCGGCGCGUGAGGCGAAAACCGAGGCGACGCGUCUGACAGCCGAGAUAACAUCGUUGCGACAGCGUUUGGAUCGUGGCGAUGCUGAUUUAUUGCAUUCCAAACGCGAAAUAUUACGUCUCAAUGAUGAGAUCGCCAAUUUGGAGAAGGAGCUGGCUUAUGGCGAAAUGAAAAAUGAAAUCCGUCCCACCAAAAAGGAUUUAGACAAACGUAUUUCCGAGAUGCAGGAGAAGCAUGGUGAGACUUUUGUAGCAAAACGCACCGCAGCAACCGCAACGAAAACACUGCCGACAGGCCUAAUUACGAACACGAAAGCUCAGUUGGCCACAAAAUUACUGGCAACACCCACCAAAGUGCCGGGCGAGACAUCUACAACAACGACGAAAAAAUUGCCAACAUCAUAUGUAGCAACAACAACAACUACAACAAGCGGCGUAGCGUGGUAUGUGCCAACAGCGGAAUUUACAAGCUCAACAACAACACUACAACGGAUGACAGCCAAAGCGCUUGCAGCAAAAACACUACCCAUGACUACAACAACAACAACAAUGGCGAUCACAACACCCCAACACGCUACACAGGCACAGAUGUCAAAACAACCACACAAACCCAUGUUGAUGGAAUCAGUGACGGGCACCAAACCAAAAAACGCGUCAACUCACAUUUCUUUGGGCGCAAACGGAAGCGCGUACGCUUCGCCGCCUAAAUGGCCCAGCACCGCCAACGUAUUGCAUGCGCGUAAAGCUGAAGAAGCAGAAGACGAACCCACAACAGGCUUCACACCACUUACACAAACGCACAUACGACGUUACCGCUACGGCAGUGACGAGGACAUACUAGCGAACAUAACGAAGAGUAAUGAGCGACUUGAACGCGAAUUGGCCAAAAUGCCACCACUACCGACCAUCUCCUUCUCGGCGUAUCGACGUCAACAGCGUUGCGGACAUUUAUAUCGCACACCGUUGGCAGCUUUUCGACCGCGUAGCGCCAGCGAUGAGGGACGCCGCGCGGCGACGCGCACAGAAACGCAUUGCGGUCGGUGCGGUAUCCACGGCACACAUUGUAAUUGUAGUAAACACAUGAAACACGUAGCGGCUAGUGCACAUUUGGAGCCAUUGGCAUGCACAUGUUGUUGUUGUAGUGCGAACAAAACAACGGCGUGUAAACAAACACUUAACGCCGAGCAGCGCAAAUUUUCAUUUGGCAGCGCGCACACUUUGGGCCCAGAAACUAAUUUAAAUAUAGACAUAACGAACGCAACGAAAAUAGACACUACAACACCAGCAAUAGUUAAUGCAAGCGCCGAAGCGCAUAGUUUGCACAGAAGUUGCCAAAAUUUAGCUUGGAAUGCACACGCCGCUGCCACAAUCAGCACGUCCAGCAGUGGCGCUUGUAAAGCGCACAGUAGACUAAGAGACUACAAGGCGUCAGCUGAUACAACAACUUCGUUGACUGAGCAAUCGGGUGCUAAACGAAUGCCCACACCUACUACACCCGCAGUAAAUACAUUUCAGCCGCCCACACAGAGCACGACUCACCCGCGCAUACAAUGCGCCUGUGUGGCUGGCUGCGGAGGUGGUCCAAAACUUUGCACCGCCUGCAAACCACAAGCGUCAGCAAAUAUUUGCGCCUCAAACACGUUCCAGCCGGCUACAUGUCACCUCCCAUAUGGUCAUUGUAAAACGGAACCGUUGCCUUGGCUGCAACAGCAUCUAGUUUUAAAACAAACUUUUAGUGGCCUCGAACAAUUGACGGCAGACGUUUGCCACGCAUGUCAGAGCCCAUGUCAAGGUGAACACUUGACGGUGCCAACUGAGAGCAAAGCGAACACGAAAGUAGCAAACGAACACGCAACCAGCGCGGCAGAAACCGCUAAACGUAUGGCGCACACGAAUAGCAAGCCACGCGCCUACUUCGAGGAAUUAUUGCGACGCGAGGAAUGUUGUGGAGUGAAGAGAGUGAGCAGUAAUAUGUUGCGUGAUUGCACGAGCCACGAGGAAACGCUCGUGCAAGUGAAAAAGCCACGUCCGCCUGUUAAAGUGGAUGUAAAUGUGCGAUUAGUGCCCAAAGCGGGCAAAGAACGCACAGUCGACUCAGAUACAGAAAAUAGGAGAAAACAACCACUUGAAGUUAAAGUUAACUUGACGCAGUCUGCGUUAUCGACAAGUGGAAAUAUAAAAGAGAGUGCGCAAAGUAGUCGGUAUGAAGAGAAAGAGCUUAUACCCGCUUUUGAGAUACCCGAUCUGCCGUUAGACGAUUUGGAAUUGGAGGACUGCGACAAUGCAAAUGUGGAGCAAUAA